AUGCGCCAAAGUAUUAUCCUGUCCUUGCUCUUGCCUUGCCAUUCUCUUGCUACUCUUAUUCCCCAGACCGAGCCCUCGUACAUGCCAGAACCAAAUCAAAGAGGUACAUUUGGAUUAUUCUGGAGCUGUACAAGUACACUUAUUCUUUGUGUAUGGACAGCGAUACAUCCCAAUGUCGUACCUAUAAGGAAGCCAUUGGCCCGAUCAUAUUACAAAUUAGCACUGAUGUUAGUGGCUCUCGUUUGGCCUGAUUUCAUAUUAUGGAUGGCUGCGACACAAUAUUUCAAAGCAUUAGAUGUUCAUCGCGCUUGGCUCGAGGCCUGGGAAGGCAAGGAGGGGGAUAAGGAAAACCGAGAGCUGCUUGGAAUGUCAGGCGCCUUUUUUGUCGUUAUGGGGGGGUAUGCUGUUGACUUAAGCAACAAAAAUUCUUCAUCUGCAUUGCAAGAUGCUGGUGCUGGACUGGUUACUACCAUCAGCGCUGAUGGAUUCAUUCACCUGCUGAAGAACCGAGCCAUCCCGACAGGCAUCCAGGACAGUCGUCUUCCUAAGUCGUAUUUUGAGCAUUACACCAUUCAGGACAAGGGAAACUCGAAUAAUCUCGCCAAAGCUAUCGUAUUUAUGCAAAUUAUGUGGAUGAUUGUGCAACUCAUAGGACGAAUCUCUGCAGGUCUACCUGUCACACUUCUUGAAACCCAUGUUGCCAUCCAGAUCCCCUUUGCUGUUGUUGCAUACGCUUUCUGGGUCGAAGCCGUUGGACGUCGAUGA